AUGACAUUAAGAAGACUGAAGACAUAUCUCCAAGGGGAAACUGCUAAUGAUGGCAUUAGUAUCAUCUCCGAUGAGAUACAGGUUAACAUAAGUAUUUUGCCAAUGUCCAUCUCCAGCCUCAAUGCAGCCAAACAGACAUUCACUUCCAGUGCGGGGGUCAUCAUGACGUGGUUCGACACUGGUCUGGCUUGGAACAAAACUGAUUAUGAUGACAUUGAACAUGUGACUAUCUCUAAGAAGUUUGUGUGGAUACCUUUGGUGGUUGUCUCAAACGGGAUUGACAGCAUUGUACCUGGUUCAAUACAAUCUCCAGAACUUUCCAGUGAUGGAAGAGCUGUACUUAUAAUCACUGACAGUUUCAAGACCAGUUGUCAAAUAGACAUCACUCGGUACCCGUUUGAUCAGCAGCGAUGUAGCAUCCUGUUCACGCCUGUGAAUACUUUCGAUCUUGGGGUUGACAGAACCGGUUCUAUUAUUACGAGAUUACCUUCUUUCUUUAUUGAGAACAGUGAAUGGGAGUUGGUUGACAUACACACCAAGGUGGUAGACUUCGAAAUGGAACAGAUAUCAAGUCUUGCAUCGUUUGAGUUCUAUUUGAAACGCAAGAGCAUGUUCUAUAUAGUGAGUAUCAUCUUUCCUAUGGCUCUUCUCUCUCUGCUCAACGCCUGUGUGUUCCUCCUACCAGCUGACUCCGGAGAGAAGAUGUCCUACCUCAUCUCAAUAUUUGUGUCCUAUGCAGUGUUCAUGAACUUCGUCAACAACUCGAUCCCCAAGUCUGGAAACGUGUGUCGACUGUCUGUGUACCUGACCCUUAUCCUCUGUCAGAGCUGCCUGGCUAUCAUCACCACUAUGGCCACACUAAACGUCCGCAAUAAUAUUCACCUAUAUCGGAACAAGACAGAUGUACAGCCAGAACACGACCUCGGAAACACGAAAAUCACUGAACGUCCGUAUGUGAAGUCUGCGUCAAAGGUCCGCCGCGCAGACCACGUUUUGUUCGUGGUCUUCCUGCUUCUGGCACUGGUGUCCCUGCUGGUGUUUUGUGUAUAA